AUGAGGAAUCCCUUCCGCUCCGAACGACUGCUCUACCGGGCCAUCAAGGACACCCCCGAAGACGCGGCAUUCGUGCACUCGGUCCAAGACGACCCGGAAGCCUACGCCCUCUCCAACAUGGCCCUGCUGCGGCCCGAAACCACAAAGUCGAGCGCCGAGUGGAAAAAGCACCUCGACGAAGAGCGCCUGAUAGCCGUCAUCAUCUGCAUCGCGCCGCUCAGCAACCCCGCGGAAAAGGAUCCCGUGCCCAUCGGCAUCGUUUCCCUCGCGAAGCCGUGUGCUGGAUUGGAGCACCACCGCAACAGCAGCAUCGCCAUCGACGUCAUCGAAGCCCACCGGGGAAAGGGCUACGGCAGCGAGGCUAUCCGGUGGAUGGUGGACUGGGGGUUUCGGACCGCGGGGCUGCACCGCAUCGGCAUCCAGUGUUUCUCCUACAACCCCGGCGCUGCGAGGCUGUACGAGCGGCUGGGAUUCGUUCCCGAAGGGCGCAGGAGGGAGGAAGUGUGGUUCAACGGCGCGUGGCAUGACGUGUUGCAGUUUUCAGUGCUGGAGCAUGAGUGGAAAGAGCGGCAGCGCUAG